AUGGUUGAAGGCAUUACUCAUAGGAAUCGUUUUGAAGUGCUUUCAGAAGGGGAAUGUGAAGAUAUCUCAGAAUCUCAGAAGGAUUACAAUUCUAAUCCUAGCGCAAGUAUGGAUAAAGAGAUUGAGACAAGUUGUCAAAAAGAAUCAGUGGUGUGGAGUUCUGGAUUUAAGGAUGGAAAGGAGACAACCUUCUUGGUGCGUUAUGGACCUUCUCCAUUUCGGUUUCACAACAUGUGGAUUUCUUAUGAAGAUUUCUUGAAUGUGGUGACAAGCUCUUGGAGAGAAUCAAUUGUAUCAAAUUCUGGUUUGUCCAAAUUAGCCAAGAUAUUGAAAAGAUUGAAGAUUGCGCUUCGAACUUGGAAUAAAAAAAAGUUUGGGCAAGUGGAUGUUGUUAUUCGAGAGUUGGAAGAAAGAUUGGAGGUCCUUGAGGGAUCCUUGCAAUCAAAUUAUAAUGAAGAUGAUAAGGCAGAUUUAUUGGCAACAAAGGCUGAACUAGAGGUCUGGUUGAAACAAGAGGAUAUGCGCCUAGCUCAACAAGCGAAGAAAAAGUGGUGGGUGGAGGGUGACCAGAAUUCUAGAUUUUUCCAUGCAAUUAUUGCACAGAGAAGAAGUAAUUAUAGUGUCAGAGAAAUGAGGCUUCCGGAUGGGGGUUUUUUUUAUUCUCCAAGAAGAGUUCAUGAAGAGGCUGUGAAGUAUUUUGAGUCGUUUCUGAUGCAAGAAAAUUUAGUUGAACUACCGGAUUUGAAACAAUUGUUUCCUCAAGGUAUUUCUAAUGAUAAUGCACAGAAGCUGAAGCUCGAACCAAUGGAGAGAGAAGUCAAAUUGGCUCUCUCUUCAAUUGGUUCUGAUUCUAGCUCGUGGCUUAAUGGUUUUGGAUCUGCUUUUAAUUUGGCAUGUUGGAAUAUAGUGAAGAUGGAUGUUAUGGAGGCGGUGAAGGAGGUUUUCAGAGGGUGA